GCAAGAAUUUGGACGGAAAGUGGCUCUGAGAUGGGCAUCGGCGCUCCGGCGCUGCGGUUUAGAACCGCCUCGGGAUUGAAAGUCAGCUAAAGCGGCGCGCCUCGCUUGGGCAUGGAGCCCGCAGGUGAAGCCUGGAUCAAGAGAGAAGGUAACAAAGGAUCUCUCCAGUCCCUGAGGGAUGCCCUGCUGGUUGAUGUGGAACAGCCACCAAAAAAACUAUCUGAGCAAAGUGAAGAUUUCCUGGAAUCUAAACCAUUGAAAACGCUGAAGAGGGAUCUGGGCAUGCAUCAGAAUCCUUUCACAGAGGAGAUUUGUUUUGACUAUGAGAACAGCCCUCGGAAGAUGCACCUAAACGACCGUCCGUUUAAGUGUGACGUGUGCGAGAAAAGCUUCCGCCACAGUUCCAGCCUCUUAACCCACCGAAGGCUGCAUACUGGGGAGAAACCAUAUAAGUGCACCGAGUGCGGGAAGAGCUUCAACACCAGCUCAGCGCUGAUCGUGCACCGCCGGACCCACACCGGAGAGAAGUCCUACGUCUGCUCAGACUGUGGGAGGUGUUUCAGCGAAGGCUCGGUGCUCAUCAAGCACUGGCGGAUCCACACCGGGGAGAAGCCGUACAAAUGCGCCAUUUGCGGAAGGGGCUUCCGGCAGAGCUCCCAGCUGCGGGCCCACGAGCGGACCCACACAGGGGAAAAACCUUACGAGUGCCAGGACUGUGGGAAAUGCUUCAGCACCAGCUCUAAUCUCUCGGCCCACCAGCGGACCCACACGGGGGAAAAACCAUACAUCUGUCCUGAGUGCGAUCGACGAUUUGGUCACAAGUCGCAUCUCAUCUCCCACCAGAAGACACACACCGAGAAGCUGCACGCUUGCUCCGACUGCCCAGCAACCUUCCGCAUGCUCCAUCAGCUCCUGGUCCAUCGCAAGUCACACCAGGAAGAGAGGCGAUACAAAUGCCUCCUGUGUGGGAAGACUUUCAGCUACAGCUCAGCCCUCUUGGCACACCAGAGGAUGCAUACAGGAGACCGGCCAUUCAACUGCCUGGAGUGCGGGAGGAGUUUUGUCCGGAAUUCAGACUUGAACAAACACCAGAGGAUCCACACAGGGGAGAAGCCCUAUGAGUGUCCGGAGUGUGGGAAACGAUUUAACCAAAGCUCCCACCUGGUUAGCCACCGGAGAGUCCACAUGAAAAGCGCUGCGAAAAAUCCUGGCACAGAUAUCCCUGCUCCAAGGGGACGACAAAUAGUGUCUUCCCGAUGAGCUCUUUUGCAUCAUUUCUUUGUUGAAAGUCUACUCCAGAGGUCUCCAAACUUGGCAACUUUAAGAUUUGUGGACUUCAACUCCCAGUUCCCCAGACAGUAUGGAGAAUUCUGGGAGUUGAAGUCCACAAGUCUUAAAAGUUGCCAAGUUUGGAGACCCCUGGUCUACAUUAGGAAGGCUGCAGUACUGUGCUCCUUACAGGAGAGUAAACUCUCAUCCCAUCCCGUGGGACUUCAUUGAUUAUAGGUAAUAAACCUGUAAGACUGUUGUAGGUUUUUACGCCACACACUAUCAAAGAAAAUUCUGCUCCAAGUGACUUCAAAUUAUUCAUUAAAUGACAAUAGGUUACAUGGCCAGGAUAUCUUGUGAGAUAUACAUUAGUUGUUGUAAUUGGAGCUGUUUCUGUAGAAAAGAGCAAAAACAUCUGCAAGACCAAGAUACUAUUAUCUGGCUAUUGCUUAGCCCUUCUCUGACUUCUGCUGUCUCAUGAAGCAUGUUUUUAAGCUUAUCAUUGCAACAAUGAAGGUUUAUAAACUUGCGAUAUUGUUGCUGUUUAAUCAUGCUAUAUUCUUAAGCUGCUACCAUGUAUGACCAGAGGCAUUUAUCUCCUUAUGGGAAUGCAGAAUGCUGAUACUGUUUAGGACAACUGGGGCAGAAUAGCGUUUCUUUUUUUUUCUCUCCCUCAAGUUGGAUUCCCCCCCCCCCCCCCCAGUGUUUUUAGAUCUGAAGAACCUCAGUGGUUAAGAUCCACUGGUUAAAGUUUAAAGACAACACACUUUCCUUGAAGUGGGAAAGAAGAGCUUUAAUCGUUUUUUUCGCUGCCAAAGGUACAGAGAAAUAAUUUGAACUGACACUCAUCUAUUUUCUAUAGUUCACAUAGUAAUGUACUAUCAGCUAUCUACUUUCAGAAGAAAUAGAACUCCAGCUGGCUUUUAAUGACAACAUUCCAUUAACCACAUUCCCCUUGUUUUAAUAAAACUUUAAAGCUGAAGAAUAGUCUUAAAGGAAAGUUAUUGUAUUUUUAACCAAAUGUAUGAAUGCCCUGGUUUUUGUUACUCCUUUAUCAAACAUAGUGGCUGAUUAAUUACUACUUACUUCUAUGAGAUGUAGUAUCGGUAAUUAUUACAGACAUUGAUCAAUUAUGAAUAAUUCCCAUCAUCUAGAUAGCUGCACUACACUCUGGAUGGCUUAUUUAAAAAUUGUGGCAUCUGAAUUUUCAUGUAUGAAAUCUACAUAUCUCAAAGACCUCCAUGGCUUAAGUCAUCCAUUUUGCCUCUUGAAACUUGUAAACUGCUUCACCAUUGUGGAAAUACAAGCCAAAUGGGUUUAAAAUUGUAGUUUUAUUGCAGGGUCCUAUUUUACUCAAAAGUUCUUGCCAUUUAAUCUUGAGUACUGGUUGACUUCAAUCUUUUUAUUAGAGUUCCAUAAUUAUAUUUGCUCUAUGACAACUGAGAGCUGUUUGGUUUCUUAAUGUUGAAUUCAUUUUGCCAGCAGAAGAUUUCACUAUAUACACUAUAUGGGCCACUUCCAUGACUGCUUCCUGUUCUUGAUAAAACAGAUCUCUGGAAUAACGAGUAUAUGCUGCAAUAAAUAUAUUAGUCUUUAAAUUGCAACAGAUGUUUAGGCCCAAUUAAAUAUCAAUUGGAUCAUAGUUUCAGUUAAAUGGUGUUUUUCUUGACAAUAGUCAGUCUGGAAAGCCUUUACAAUGCAAUAAAAUAACCAUACAUACAAUGAGAAAUGCUAUUUUGAAUAAAUACGUUUAUGAUUUUACCUCAUGGAUCAAAUUAUCUGUCGCAAAAUCCAAACCUUACUCUAUUGCACUGUAUUUUGCACUUAAGGUAAGUCAGCCUUUCUUACUCAUUACUUGAUAUAUGAAACCAGUGACAAUGCCUCUGAAUUUUUAUUGGUCUUAUAGGAGAACUCCUUUAGAAAGUGAUACAAAAAUGGUCAUUCAAAUAAUAGUGAAUCAACACUGCAAAAUUAAACACAAGUAGUUGCUUUGAAGCAAUUUGGUGUUAUUCACAGUAGUGACAUGGAUUUUUGUUUUAAAGUAAGUGUGUCUUUGUGCCAGAUGAGUCACAAAAAAUGUUAAACUUUGCAACCAGAAAAC